UGGCAUACAGCUGUUAUGUGGUCAAGGCUUGAAACUUCUCAGAUGCCAGAAAAGUAUGCAAGCGGAGCACAAAGGGAUGAUUUCCAACUGUUUGAUCCAGCUUCCCCAAUCUUUGCAGACCUCGUCCCUCCUUUCCCUCAGACAGAGAACACAGAGGAGGCCAUUAUUGAAGUGCUGAGGUACAGUCAGCAGGACAUGGACGCCGCCAUCGCCAGAGUCCAGGCACAAGCAAAGGACACAGAGGAUCAAUGGAGUGCAAAAUAUAAAAGAACACUUGACGAUGGUCAAGAAAUGAGGAAAAUAAUUGCAGUGUUUGAGCUCAUGAUUGCUAAAAUGCUGGCUGAUCAAGAGAAAGAGAGGGAGGUGGCCCAGACGAAGCUCACUGCGGCUCUUAUCGAAAAGGAGCAGGUCUCCAGUGACCUGAACACCAUGGAGAGAUCGUGCUCCGCCCUGUUCAAGAGACUGGACAAGUACAAGGAUGUUGUUGAGGGCUUCAAAAAGAAUGAAGAGACUCUGAAAGCCUGUGCUCAGGACUAUCUGGAAAGGAUCAGAAAGGAGGAGCAGCGCUACAAGACCCUUAAAGCCCACGCCGAGGAGAAGAUUGGCCAAGCAAACGGGGAGAUUAAUGAGGUUCGGUACAAGAACAAGUCUGAGACAUCUGCCCUCCAAGCCCAGCUGAGGAGGGAGCAGCUGAAGGUGCAGUCGCUGGAGAAGAGCCUGGUCCAGAAGGAAAAAGAGGCAGAAGAUCUCACCACACUUUGUGAUGAGCUCAUCAGCAAAGUCCAGAGGGGUUGAGCUCAUUUGUAAAUCGUGUACAUUUUAAUGCUUUUCUUUCCUGUUCUUCAUUGUUCCUGUCCUUGUUCAUUCCUUUAUGUAGUGCUUUGUUUGUCUUUAUCAAUGUUAUUAAAAUACUGUAAAAAGAGAAGUUAAUAAAGAUGAUUUAAUCUUUAAUAAAGAGUUGGUGAAAAUGAU